AUCUGGUGUCCAAUCUUGAGGGAGUCUCUCUCCGUCUGAGCUAAAAGUUGACCAGAGCCGACGAAGGAGACGAUGCCGACCCUAACGAAGCUCUACACAAUGAAAGAAGCCUCGCAGCACAACACCAAAGACGACUGCUGGAUCGUCAUCGACGGCAAGGUAUAUGAUGUGUCAACAUAUAUGGAUGAUCACCCUGGUGGAGAUGAUGUAAUCCUUGCUACAACAGGCCAAGAUGCCACUGACGAGUUUGAAGAUGCUGGGCAUAGCAAAAGUGCAAAGGAGCUGAUGGAAACCAUGUGCAUUGGGGAGCUCGACACAGACGUCGACACCACGGACACCGCUCUCGAGGAUCAACCAACUAGUUAUCCUGAGAAGCUCAUGACCCUGACAAAGCAAUACUGGGCUGUUCCUGCAGCUGUUGUGGGUAUCUCUGUUGUGGUUGGCAUCUUGUAUUUGCGCAAGAAGUGAUUCAAUACUCGGAAGGAAAGUAGUCACAAUUUUGGAAUAAUUAGGUUAAUGUAAAUCAUAUAUAAACGGCAGCCCAAAAGAAGAAGCAUCACUGUAAAUCGAAAUAGGGAGAAGAAGCAAGAAUGGCGCAGCAAGUGCAGAAGAACACUCUGUACGUCGGAGGCUUAGCGGAGGA